AAGUCUUCGUCAAUUUGGCAAUUUAAAUCCCUCUCCAUGGAAACUAACCAACCUUUUCCAAAACUUCAGAGCCUUCUCCAAACCAAAAUAGCAACCUAACAGCAAUUCAGUGUCUAUAAAAGGUCAUGAGCAAAUUCUUUAUGAUUUCUGAAACCAAUUAAACAAGCACACAACAAAAGCUUUGAUUCACCAUAAGUAGAUAUAGAAUUAAACAUGGCUGAAGGGUCUCUUUCAGACAUGAUAGGAGUGAAAGAUGAGGUUGUCAAGAAAGCUUGUGCUGCGGCCGUUAAAGCUAACAAGUCACCAGAAAAACCUUUUGUUCUUGAGAAGAUAAAGGUUUCUUCAGAAGCCGUUAAUAUUUUUGCUUUUCCGGCGUCAUGGCGUGUCGCGGAUUUGUAUGCUUCCAAUGGCAAACCAUUUGGGGAAACCAAGAUAAAUGUUGAACAGUUUCCAUCCCUCAGAAGCGUUGGCAAUGAUGAAGCCGCUUUGGUCAAUGAAGCCUCUUUGACAAGAUUCCAAUUGGUUAUGAGCAAUCCCACACUCCAAAACGAGGUGAGUAAAGCAAUCAAAGAAGGGAAGCAAAUAAUAUUUACAGGUCACUCCUCGGGUGCGUCAAUGGCCAAUCUUAUAACAUUUUGGACCUUGGAAGAGUACCUUAACCCAAACAAGAACCAACACUACAGGCCUCCAAUCUGUAUCACUUUUGGAGCUCCCUUAAUUGGCAAUCACAUAUUCUCUCAUGCUACUAAUAGAGAAAAUUGGUCUCGCUAUUUUGUACACUUUGUUAUGAGAUUUGACAUAGUGCCGCGGAUUUCGCUUGCACCUUUCACUUCUAUUGAACGAAUGUUUGGCACAAUUCUUCAACUCUUUGCAACCAGUAGGCUUUCAACGCUUGAUCCAACAAGAGCCAGCGCGGCUUCUGAGUUCUACACCACCGUGAUGAGGAAUGCAGCGACUGUCACAAGCCAUGCUGCUUGUAUUUUAAAAGGCAGCACAAAUUUGCUGCUUGAGACUGUGACCAAUUUUGUUGACUUGAGCCCUUAUAGGCCCUUUGGAACCUUCGUCUUCUGUCCAGGAAAUGGACAGCUAACUGUGAUAAGAAACGCUGACGCUGUUCUGCAAGUCUUGUUCCAUGCUGCCCAAACGAGUGAUUUGUCGCAAGUUUCGGAGGUUGCCAAGAGUAGCAUACUGCAGCAUCAAAUUCAAAACUAUGAAGCUGAAUUGCAGGAUAGCUUGAUGAUGCAGAAUGUAGUGUGCUUAGAUCAACUAGAGAGACUUCCUUUGUCUGCCGAUGGUUCUAAUUCUGAUGUUGUGACAGCAUUGGAUGGUCUUGGAAUGAACCCAAAGGCUAGACUGUGCCUCCGAGCGGCGGGCGAAUUGCAAAAGCAAAAACGAAGGAAUGAGAAGAAAAUCAGCCACGAGAUAAAUACGAAAGCUCUGCCAAGCAUGAAUGAUUUGGAAGAAUACAAAGCAUCAUGUGCGUUGAACAGGGGAUACUUUGAUGCCUUCAAGGUACAAAAGGAACCAAGAGACUUCCAAGCAAAUGUAAAAAGGUUGGUGCUUGCGGGGGUGUGGGAUGAGACCAUUGAAAUGCUGAAAAGGUAUGAACUCCCGGAUGACUUCGAAGGCAAGAAAGAUUGGAUUGACCUAGGAACGAGCUUUCGCCGCCUUGUGGAGCCGCUAGACAUUGCCAACUAUUAUCGCCACCUCAAGAAUGAAGAUACAGGACCUUACAUGAUCAAGGCUAGGCCAAAAAGGUACAGGUACACUCAGAGGUGGCUGGAGCAUGCUAACAGGACUCCGAAAGCUGUUAUCACGGAAUCCACCUUCUGGGCCGAGGUGGAAGAGCUUUGCAGCUGGACUAGCACCAAUAAACCGUUUGAGGAUGUUAAGGAGAGGGUUGUGCAACUAGAACAAAACAUUAAACGAUGGAUUGAGAAAGGAGAAAUAACUAAGGAUGUGUUACUAAGGGAUCCUACCUUUGUGAACUUAUGGGAGAAUCUACCUAGGGAACACAAGGCAACAACAUCAUGCAUUGCUAAUAUCAUUGUGUGAGAAAAAUUUAGUAUUCAGCUUUAUCUCAACAGCGAAUAAUGUUGUAAAUCUAGGAUGUGCCUAUUGCUAUGUUAUGCAGUCAUAGUAAAUGCUUUGUCUAAAAGCAAUAAUUUUAUAUUUGAUCUGAUGCAACACAAUGUACUCUCUUAUAAUAAGUCUUCUAAGUUUUCGUCC